CCAUUUUGACGCGAUUUCGAUUUCCCAUAAGAAAAAAGCAACACACAUUUAGCUCGGCCCCUUGUGGUGUGCGUGCGUGCGAACGAAGCGAAUAUAUACACACACGCGAGAGCUGGAGGACAGUGAAAUCGAAUUGGUGUUUAUAUGGCUUAAACGGCUCCAAUGGCUCAAAUGGCGCACUGACGGCUGAUAAUGCCGCCGUCGCCGCCGCCGAAAAAUCGUUUGGCCAUCGUUACCAACAGAAGCGCAGCGAGUGCAAGUGCGAGUGCGGAGGCGCGAGCGAGAGAGUGUCGUCGCUGCCGUCGUCGUCGUCGUCGUCCUGCCGCCCUGCCCCGCCCCCCCGGCGCCCCCCGCGCCGUACGCACGCAUCGAUUUGGGCUAAACGUUAGAUACCUCCUAACGCGGUCGUCAGGGUGGAUGGCAGAGAGGCCAGGGAAAAAGUGAGCCACUGCGCUGAGGGUCGCCAGCCACCAGCCGCCAGCCGCUGAUCCCCGCCUGCCACACGCGCUCGCAUCCGAAUCCGUGUCCGAAUCCGCCCGGAAAAGUGCAAUAGCAAACAGUUCACAGAGAUAUAUAUAUAUACAGCGCAGGGGCGCAGCGAAAAGCGAGCAGAGACACGGGUGACCAGCCGAGUGGCAAGUGGAAAGUGCCAGCAAUGCCCUAGGCCGAGACAGUGGGCCGUAAGACACAUCCUCGGGCAGUGGAAAAUCGGGAAAUGUUUAUUGUAUAAUUUCCCACUGAGCAGGUGUGCGUGCGUGCGUGCGCUCGUGUGUGUGUGCGCCUGUGCCCGUGCCUGUGCGUGUGAGUGGUUUUUGUUUUUCGCUGCUUCUUCUUGCGGUUUAUUUGUCAACAAAAAGAAGAAGGAAGAACCAAGCAGUGCCGCCCGUGCCGUGCGGCCCGCCUGCCCUGCUUGCAGGAGUGACGAAGCAGUCGACCCGUGCAGCACAGCCCGCGAGGACGACCCAGUGGCCUCCACAUGAAGACCAUGUCGCGCUUCGGCCUGCGCCGCGGCUUCAAGUUCUCGGAGGAGCAGGUCAACGGCAAGAACAACAGCAUGCCCGCGGCCUCGGCCGCCGCCUCGGGCCAUGGCAAUCCGCGCAAGAAACGCCAGCCCAGGCAGAUGGACGCGGAGACGGAGGCCGAGCAGGAGCCGGACCUGGUGGAUGCGCACGAGGAUGCGGCCGAACCGGAGGCCCUGGAUCCGGAGCCCGUUUCGCUGAUCUGCAGCCUGCCGCUGGAGCGGCUGCCGCGCCUGGUGGAGAAGCUGCACCAGCUGACGGAGGAACGGGAGCGAGAGCGGGAGCGGGACGAGGCCGCCGGCCUGCUUGGAGCUGGGGGCCACCACUCGAAGGUCCUGUGUCUGUACUGUGAUAGGAAGUUCGCCUCCGCCAAGCUGCAGGCCAAGCAUGUGGACAAGUUCCACACCGAGCGGCAGGAGCGACGCUGCAGCGGCCGAUCCACCAGCUCCAAUUCGCAUCCCGCCGGCGGCUUCCCCGGCUGCCAGUGGUGCGGCCAGCCGGCCUCCGGCCGCGGCCGCCAGGCCACGCCCCCCCAGAUCUGCCUGCCGGCCAAGCAUCUGGAGCAGCUGUUCCAGCACCUCAGCGCACAGCAUGCGGACAAGUACUUCGGCUGCCAGCCGUGUCGCCUGCGCUUCCAGGACGCGGACCAUUUGACGGGACACCAGCGCCAGCAGCAUCCGCAGCAGCAUCCCGAGGAUUCGAAGCCCGGUCUGAUGGGCGCCGACGAGCCGGUGCUCUUCCGCCUGGGGCUCACCCAGAACCGGCUGCCCAGCCAUCGGAAUCGCAGCCAGCGCAAGGAGGAGGAGCCGCCGCCCCUGGCCACGCCCAGCUCCGGCAAGUCGCGGAGCAGCAGCCGGGCGGCGGCGCAGCGCCAGCAGCACCAUCAACAGCAGGCGCCCUCGCAGCAGGCCAACCCGGCCGGGGGCCAGGCUCUGCAGGCGCAGGAGGCCGUCAGUGCGGACGCAGUCUUCCGGCUGCCAGCCAGCCUGGCCUGCGCCUCCUCCUCCGCCACGUCGUCCUCCGCCGCCGCCAACUCAGUGUUCGAUGACAAGUUCUACAAGGAUGUGGUCUUCAAUGUGCGCCACAACCUGCAGAAUCACCUCGACGGCCGCCUCUUGACCUCCCAGCCAUCAGCAUCGACAUCCUCGUCCUCGCCCUCGAGCUCCUCGUCGGAGCUCAUCAUGCUGCACGGACCAAGUCAGCUGGGACCCGGCGGCGCCUCCUAUCCCACGCUACUCACCGCCGAGCAGUUCGGCGGCACGGGGGAACUGCUGCCGCUGGCCAAGUUCCGCCGGAGACCGCACACCAAGCACAGCUGGAAGUGGAAGUGGGACUACGUGAAGAAGUUCACGCUGAUCAACGAGGGCGGGCGGCUGGUGAAGAAGCUGAAGCAGCCCAACUACCUGGGGCUGCGCGAUCUCUCCAAGCUGGACAUGUGGACGCAGCUGACGAUGCGCCAGAAGCACGAUCUCUCCCUCUCGCUGGCGGAGGAGCAGAACCAGGAGCAGCGCCGCCUGCUGGAGCAGCUCAAUUUGAUAUUGGAACGCCGCCUGCUGCCGCACAUCAUCCUGGAGCAGAACGAGCAGGCGGUGAUCAAGUGCGAGAACGACGAGGAGGACGAUGGCCUGGAUGCGCAUCACCAGCCGGGCGAUGAUCUCCUGCCGCAGACCUUUGCCGACGAGAAUUUCCUCUCCCUGCUGCAGCUGCAGCCGAGGAGCGGCGCCAGCGAUCGGGAUCAGGAGCGGGAUCGGGAUAGGGAUAGGGAUAGGGAUAGGGAUAGGGAGCAGGAGCGGUUGAGGAACCGGAGGGCCGUCGUGCUCAGCGGCGAGUGGGCACGGCCACGCCUCUACCUGUGCAUCUGCUGCGGCGCCAAGUUCGACCAGCGCAAGUCGCUGGAGGAGCACAAGACCUUCCGCCACUCGCACAUCUACGCCACGCACUACGAGGUGGUGGGGCGGGAGCUGCUGGCUGGCAACCUGCUGCGCCACCUCUUCAUCCCCAAGCGGGCGCUGGGACGCUUUGCCGCCGCGAGCAACUGCAUCCGCUGGCCGCAGAUUGGCCCCGCCCCCGUGCAGCAGCCCAAGCAGGAGCAGGAGCGCGUUCAGCCCGAGGAGGAGACCAGGUCGUCGGCCUCGUCGCGCUCCUCGUACGAGGUGUCCACACCCACGCCGCUGUCGGCACUGGAGCAGCAGCAACCGUCGCCCGCCUCGGGAUCGGGCAACGCGUCUUCGUCGUCCUCCUGCUCGCCCAGCUCCUCGUCCGCCUCCACCCUGAUGUCCACCGCCCCCACCUCGAUGUCGCACUCCACCUGCACCUCCUCCGCUGCGACCACGACGCUCUCGUCCGCCUCGUCCGCUCCCUCCAGCUGCACCAAGUGCGGUCGCAAGUGCAGCGGACUCAUGGAUCUCUACCGCCAUAUGCUGGACUGCUCCGGCGACUAUGUGUGGUCGCUGGCCAAGAAGCGCAAGUAUCGCUACUACUGCGGCACCAAGAGGCGACGCGCCUUCUCCAAGAAGCCGCUCAAGCAGCUCUCCGCCCGCAAGAAGGAGAAGCUGGAGGUGGAGGAGGGCGCCGGCGAGGGCGAGGUCGAGGCCGAUGGCGAGGCGGAGGGCGAGGAGAGCGGCUCCAGUUCGUCCAAGCUGAAGAACUCGCCGCGCCAGAGGCCCAGCGACGCCGAAUCCAUUCGCAAGAUGCUGGAGAACCUGCCCGCCAAGCGCAUCUGCAAGAAGAUCUUCCCCGUGGACAACAAGGCCAAGCGCAAGGCCAAGAACAAGGCCAAGUCCAUGGCCAAGUCGCUGGUCAAGUCCAAGUCCAAGCAGCUGCGCAGCAGCACCAAGAGAAUCUACAAUCAGCACCUGCUGCGCACCACCAGAUCCCGGUCGAGGUCCUCGGUGGUGGCCACCGGCUCCUCGGCCGCCGCCGCUGCCGCCCAGCAGCAGCGCAGUCGCCGCAAGCAGAAGCAACAACAGCAGCAGCAGCAACAGCAAAAGGCCAAGCUAGACAAGGCCAAAUCUCCGCCAGAGCCUCAGCAGGCUGCCUCCGAGUCGGAGCAACUGGCGGCCAAACCGGAGGCCAAAGCGCCCGCACCCACAGUCACUGCCAAGACACGAUCUCUCGCUGAGGAAAAGCCUUCCCUGCGGCUGGAGCUGCCACUCACACUUCCGGAGGCAGCCGCUCCGCCCGCCUCCGUGCAGGAAUCGGAGCCCGCCUCGCCCACUUCCAGCAAACAGCUAAUGCCCACGCCGCCCACCACGCCGGCGCCGGCCACCAAAUCCCCGCCAGCCGCAGCCGUGGCUCCCUGCUUCUCCGCCAGCACUCGCCUGGCGACGCCCAACUCGACUGUGAAGCGCAGCAAGAGGAUUAGCGACUGCAUAGCCAUGCUGACGGGCAAGCUGGAGGAGAAGCUCAAGACAGAGCAAGUGCCACCGCCGGCGCCGCUGGCCAGGGACAAGGAGAGGGAUAAGCCGGAGCAGGCCAGGCCGGUGGAGAAGGAGGACAAGUCGCCGAAACUGCUGGAGUCGCCUGUAUUGCCGCCCCAGGCCGCGGACAAGGAGCGCGUGCAGCCGAAGACGCCCAAGCGCAAGGCGGUGUCGCGGCGAAUCAUCAAGGUGGAUGCCGCGCCGGAGCCAGUGGGGGAGCUGCCAGAAGCAGUGGCCAUUCCAGCUCCGCCUGCAGUAGCAGUGCCAGUUCCACCUCCAGCAGCAGCUCCGCCCUCAGCGGCUCCAGCUCUGCCAGCUCCUGUGUUCAGCAGCUUGCCAGUGGCUGCGCCAGCUCCUCCUGCACCAGCUGCUCCGCCAGUCGCGGAAACAGCUCCCCUGCCCAUCGCUGCACCUGCUGCACCUCCGCUAGUCUCAGCACCUGCUGCACCGCCGCCCGUCGCUGCCGUGGCCCAUCCACCGCCGAGGCGCACGCCCACCAAGGCGGCGGCCAAGCAGAUGGCUGCCCCACCGCCGAAGCCAGCCUCGCUGGCCGCCCUCAAGCAGUAUCCGCCGCUGGAGCCGCAGCUGGCCGUGGUGCCGCCUCCUAAUCCGGCACCGCUGCCCCUCGCCGUGCCCGUGGCCAUGCCGCUGGGCAUGCCAGCUCCGCUGGCGGUCGGCCCUGUGCCCGUGAACGUCAACAUGCUGGCCAAGCUGCCGCUGUACAUGCCCCAGCUGCAGACGAAUCCCAAUCCCAAUGCCAAUCCAGCGCCCACCACCAUGUUCAUGAUGGAUCCCCAGCCCUUGAACCUGACCAGUCAGCGGGGAGUGCUCCAGAAGCCGCUGAUUAGCGGCACAACGGGGGAUCCCGGCCUGGUGGGACUGCAGCAUCAUCGCUCGGGCGGCAUGCCAGCCAGGAGGCAGACGAUCUGCGGAUUCGAGGCAAGGAACCUGAUUGGCCUGGACAUUGACAUGGAGCCGCUGGAUCUGUCGAAGAAGUCGAGCAGGAAGCCGUCGCCGGUGCCGCCGCCAAGGCUGCAGCCCGAGCUGCCGAUGCCCCUGGUCCCGCUGCCACUGGUGACGGGAGCCGGUGCACUGCCCCCCCAGCCGCAGGCGCAGCCAGGAGGAACGCUGCCCACGGCCGGUGGUGCGCCGGUCACCUGCCAGCUGGCCAUGCCGGGUGGAAUGCCCAAUCCACUGGCCUCUCACUAUUACUCCAACCUGGAUCUGCUCAAGAUCCCGCAGGUGCGCAAUCCCGGCACUGCCGUGCCCUCCACUGGUCCACCGCCGGUGGCGGUGACCGCACCAUCGGUCGCCCUGCCCGCCCAUCCAGUCAAGAGUACGGGCGGCAAGAAGCGAUCUCUCGAGGGUUCGGGCAACUCCAAGAAGGACGGACACGGCAAGGGCCAGGGCAAGGCGUGUCCGCGCAUGGAUGAGGUGGUGAACAACCACAUCGACGAUGCCAUCAACUCGGUCAUCAUGGCCGUGCAGGCGAGCCUGCCGGACGACGACGAGGAGGAGGAGCUGGCCAAAAAGGAGAAGGACCGGGAGAGGGAGCGAGAGAAGGAGAGGGAGAAGGAGAAGCUGGAGGAGGCGCUGCCCAAGCCGAGCAACUGCAUCCUGGCGUUGCAGCCCCCUGCGGGACUGCUACCAUCACCAGCGCUGGACAAAGCACCGCCUGUAAAUGCUAUUCCUGCGGUGGUUAUUCCUCCCGCUGCCCUGGUGCCCGUGACCUCGGUAGCGCAGCCUGUGCCUGCCAAGAACCUGACGCCCAAGAAGCGUUCCAUGCGCUCGCGAACCAUCGACUGUCGCUCUGCCCUGCUCGCCAUGGAGGACACUCUGCCGGUGGCUCCCCUGCAGCAGUGCAUCCCGCAGCCGGUGAAUGGAGAUGCCAGCAUGGCGAAGGGAGAGACUCCACGUCUGCCAGAUGUUAUACCAGCGCCAGUGCCAGUGCCAGUUCCUGCUCCAGCUGCAGUGGCGCCCCAACCACCCGUCCUGGCUGAGGGUCCAGUAAUGAGUCUCAGGGAGGCGAAGCCGGAAGCCAUCCAGCUGGCCAGCGAACCGACGACAACGAUUACUGCCGCCUCUCCGCCGCCCCUGGAGCAGCAGUCUCCGGAAUCCCCUGAUCCUGUGCCACGUCCCGAGACGCCUGUGCCUGCCCCUGUGCCCGUCUCCGUCAUCUCGGUGGCGCCCGCCUUGCCGCUGCCCCCGCGCACAGCCACGCCGCCGCCCACCACGAUGGGGGAGACGAACUGCAGCUCGCUGAUGGAGGAGCACAGCAGCAACCUGAACAACAACACCUCCUCGGGAUUCCACAGCCUGGCCCAGUCGGAGCAGCCGCUGCCAACGGCAGCCACGACGCCAGCGGAGGAACCCGCUCCGUCUAAGGAGGAGGAGGAGCUGCCGGCCAAAAAGAAGCAGCGUCGCCGGCGGAAGAACGAGCUGGCGGCCAUUGUGGCCGACCAGCUGCUGGAGAGCUUCAAGAUCGACAAUGCGCGCCGGGACAACCUGAAGAAGCUGGAGAACCUGGCGUACGAGAAGAGCGAGGACCUGCUGCUAACCGGCAUGCUGCUCAUGUCCAGCACCAAGCGCAAUGCGGCCCUGGGUCCGUCCUCGGCUGCGGCCGCCAAGCUGAAGAAGGAGGCCGAGGCGGUGGCGGAGGCGCCGGCCAAUCCUCCCGUGCGCGGCAGGCCAAAGCGCCGCCAGAGCUGCUACUAUCGCCGCGGAAAGGCAGGUGGCGAGGGCAGAGGCGGAGGAGUCGCCGGCAAGGCCACCAACGAGAACAUCAGCCUGCUUAAGUCCUCGCUGGAGUCCUUCUCCAUUGGCAUCGAGAAGCAGCUGCUGGCCAAGGAGGCGCGCGAGGCCAAGGACUCGCAGCCGUCGUCUGGAGCUGGUGGCGUAAACCAGCCGCCGGUCAGCUCCAUCCUGCGGCCGAGCAUCCUCAGCAGCGCCGUGGCCAGGGACCACCAGCAGCAGCAGCAUCAGCAGUCAAAGCAGAAGGAGAAGGAGCAGCAGCAGCUGCAGCUGGAGAAGCAGGAUCAGAUCGCCCCGGCGGCCACCUUCAGCCGUGAUCCGCGGCUGAACAAGAACAUACACAAGGAGCAGGCGCAGGCGGAGCCCAAGGAGCAGCCCAGGGAGCAGCCUGCGCCGGCGACCAACGUCAAUGCCGAGGAGGAGGACAACUACCUCACGGAGAUAGCCAAGAACGUGAACGAGAAGAUCAUGUCGGCCACCACGAACGAGGACUUCGAGUUCGCCCACGACGAGUUCGACGGCGAGGGCGACCCCGACCAGGAUCAGGACCAGGACAAGUACUACCGCCCGCCCACCUCGAUGAGCGUGCGCAGUGCCCCGAACCUGAACGACGAGCACUCGAACUUCGGCUCAAUGUGCGACGACAACACGAACACCGAGGUGAUGGACAUGGACCUGGACGACGAGAUGAGUGUGUACACCAGUUACUCCCAGGACCUGGGACGCGGCGGACGCGGGCGCCGGCGCAGGAGGCGUAGGAGCGUGCUGCUCACGCGCCGCCCCAAGAAGCGGACGCAGCGCAGCGAACUGGACGCCGAGAAGUACGGCUGCAAGCUGUGCGGCAAGAGCUUCUUCACCGCCACCUCCCUGUCCAAGCACAACAUGACGCUGGCCCACGUGUCCAAGGUGUCGGCCCAGGAGUACCUGCAGUCGCAGACGGCGCCUUCGAGUCCGCAGGAUGUGCACCACGAUCUGGAGGACAGGAGGGAGCGGCGGGCGGAGCAGCGUCAGGAGGAGCAGCAGCCGCCGCCGGCAGCAGCAGCAGCUGCGCAGCAGAUGAGGGCCUCGGUGCUGAUGGUUCCCUCGCAGAUGGCCCACCAGGAGAGGGAGCGGGAGCGGGAAAGGGAGCGGGAGAGGGAGCGGGAAAAGGAGCGCCAGCAGGAGCUGCAGCUGAGGGAGGAGCAGGAGAGGGCGCGCCUGCAGCGAGAGCAGGAUCACCAUCACCAGCAGCAGCAACAGCAGCAUCAGCAGCCGGAGGAAGUGCACCAUGUGAUCACGGAGGCCAGCCUGCGGCUGCACGACAACCAGCACAGUCCCACGGCUCCGAGCGCUUCGCGUCUCAACCUCAAUCCCGACGAGCGUCUCUUCUACGAGUGCUGCAACAUCCUGAAGAGCGCCGAGACGCCGCGCCCGCAUCCUGGCGCCGGGUCAGGUCCGGCCGCCACCUCCGUGAUAGUGACGGCGGGCCGCAAGCAGCCGCCCCCGCCUCCAGCCUCGCCCUCGCCCUCUCGCUCCUCCUCGCUGCCGCCACCGGCCUCGCCAUCGCCUUCGCUGCCGCCGCCUGGCUCUCCAUCGCUUUCCCUGCCGCCGCCGGCCUCGCCGUCGCCGUCGCCCUCGCCGCCGCCACCCGCCGAGCUGCGUCAGCCCGCUCCAGCGCCUCCGCCAAUGCCUCCCCAGCCGGCGCCAGCGGUGUGCCACCAGCCGGUCAUCCAACAGCUGUUCCGCAACCCGCCCGCAGUCACGCCCACAACCACGCCCACCAAUCACAACCGGCUGUCGCCCAGCUACUCGGCGGUGUCCCAGUUCUCGGCCACCACCACGUCGCGCUUCAAGACCAAGGCCGCCAUGAAGGGCUACGAGAACGUGAACCUGCAGCUGGACAUGCCGGAGCUGGCCAAGUCGGGCCGCGGCGUCUGCAAGCUGACCGAGCUCGCGGACAUUGCGCUGGGCAGCGAGAAGCCAGGCGGCGACUUCCUGCCCCACCUGCCACCCGCGCCAGCGGCUCCUGCGGUGCCAACGGCACUCCAGCCGGCGAUCCAACAGACGCCCACGCCUACGCCCACGGGCACGCCCACAGUGACGCCCACGGGGCCGAUGGAGCAGCAGCAGAGCUCCACCUCCUCGAAGACCAUCAUGCACGCGUCCAUCAUCAAGGCGGCGGCGGGCGUGGCCAGUUCGGCGACGCUGCCGCCAGCCUCCGGGAGGAUCAUCAUUCCCGAGCGGCCGUUCAAGAACAUUGGGCUGGAGGAGAAGGCGCCGAUAACCUUUCAGAAGCCGAAGACGUGCGUGAAUCUGCUGCAGGAGCAGGACAACAACAGCGUGUCGACAGCCAGCUACUCCGACCGCGAUGACUACGACUUUGGAACCCUGAGCUGUGACGGCGACGUGGAUCCGGAGCCAGAGCCAGAGGUAAGAGCAGGGGUGGCCGCUGGAAGAGGGGUCCUGCCCCCGGGAGGCGGUGGCGGUCGAGCCGUGUCGACGUCCAGUUCGUCGUCCUCCUCCUCCUCGUCGGCGGACAACAGCAGGAGCGGCAGCCGGAGCAGCAGCAGCAGCUCCAGUCGGGCCACGGCCAAAACCUUCGAGAACAAGUCGCUGAUCAUGGGCAGGAUCUUCAAGCACGCCAGCAGCGCCAAGGUCGCGCCAGUGAUGGCCACCUCGGCGGCCUUGCUGCCGGGUCCCAGUGUGGUGCCCGGCAUGGCCAAGAUCAAGGCGCUGCCCAAGAACCAGGCGAAUCUCGACCAGAUCUUCGAUGAGUUGCGUGGCGGCGGCGGCGGUGGAGCGGGCAAGUCCUCGGAGGUGGAAGCCUCCGCCGCAGCUCUCCACCCGGACAGCUGGGAGCGGCAUCACCUGGCGGCGCAGCAGCAGCAGCAGUUGCAGCCACACCACCACCAUCAGCAGCAGCAGCAGCAGCAUCAUCAGCACGGCCACCACCACCACCACCAUCAUCACCAUCACCACCACCAGGUGGAGCCCAUGGCGGCGCCAGCAGCUCCGGCAGCGCCGGCGGCCAUGCCAGCGCCCAGUGCCUUGCCACCAGGCCGGAAACCCAAGAGCUCCACGGGCAGUGCAGCCAAGAAGGCCGCCAAAUCCACGCCAGCCAAGGCGAAGGCCAAGUCAAAGGCGGCCGCCACUGCCUCGGCAUCCUCGUCGUCCAACCGCAAGCCCCGCAAGGAUCUGACCAAGCUGCAGUCCGAGCUGGGCAUGAGCCACGAGGAGAUCGAGCAGCUGAUCGACGAGGGACAGCGCAAGUCGAAGCGCCGCUGCGCCACCAACAGGCCCAAGAAGCUGGUGGAGACGUGGAGCUCCGACGAGUACGAGGAGUUCCUCUCCACCAAGGACAUCAUAGCGCUGAUCGAGCAGAAGGAGCAGCAGGAGCAGCGGCGCAAGCGCAAGACCAGCGAGGCGAACACUCAGCAGGAGCAGGUGACUCCACCGGUGGCCAGCAAGAAGGCCCAGACGCCUCAGGCGCCGCCGGCGAAGCGGAAGAAUCGCGCUGGCGAGAAGAAGCAGGCGCCGCCUCCAAGCGAAGUGGAGCAACCCAAGCCGCGGGCCAGGCAAAGGAACCAGCCACCGCAGGCGGCUCCCCCUGCACCACCUCUUCCACCUGUUGUCAAUGCUCCUCCUGCGCCUCAGCCAGAAGUUGCGACGCCGCCUGCCAGAGGGAAAUCCAAGGCAGCAGCCAAGAGUAGAACCCCAGCGAGCAAGGCCACCAACAACCGCAAGAAGCGCGCCAAUGAGAAACAGAAGACGCCACUAAGCAAGGAGGAUGAGGACGAGGAGCAGGCGGAGGAGGAGGAGGCGGAUGUGGAGCCCCCAACCAGGACACGCAGCUCUAGGCAGCAGCCCAAGGGCAAGGCCGAACAGGAGGCGGAACCAGCAGCAGCAGCAGCACCUCCGACACCGCCAGCACUGCCCGCAGCUCCGCCAGAAGCGCCAAAGGAGCGGGUCAAGGCGCGCCACAGCACUCAACAACAGCACGUGCCGCCGGCUCCCCAUCCCAGGAGCAGCUCCGUGGCCACCACCAGCAGCACCACCAAUAACAACAACAACAGUAGCAGCAGCAACAAGAACCUGAAGGCGAAGCGGAGGUCCCAGAACAGCCGCCAGUCGCCGGCGCGAAGGAAGCGGCCGGCGAGCGAGAAGCAACUGUACUACUGGAGCAGCUCCAGCGACGACGAGUUCGGCCGCCUGGACGACGAGGGCGAGGCAGCCGACGCGGGAUCCUCGCGCCCCGGCGUCGGCAGCGAGCAGAGGGACGGCAACCGGAUGGAGCUGGAGCCGGAGGAGGCGUCCCCGUCGCCCGGCAAGCACUUUGAGGAGAACGAGCCGUACCAGAAGCACGGCUGGAUCGUGGGCGACUCGCACAAGAAGCUGGUCAAGCUGCUGGCCAUCGCCAAGGGCAGCAAGAAGGUGGACAACUGCGGGGUCAAGCGGCGCACGCCCAAGCGCAAGUGCUAGAAGUGGGCGGGGGGCGGGGAGCAGCAGCUGGAGGAGGAGGAGGAGGAGGAGGACAGCCUCCUCCUGCCGGGAGACAAGUCAUAGCCAUAGGCCUCGAGGGCGGAGUCGGCGCGGGCAGCCGACGACCCAUCGCCGCCAUCGAUCACAUACGUACUGCCAUUGUGUCAUCGUUAAUCGUUAACGCCGGCGCCAGGAGGGGAUCACCGUGGUCGUCCGCCUCCUGGCCCCAGGGUCACCCAUUAGCCGUAUGCGGAGUAUAUGCAACAUAUUUUUCUUUUCUUUUUAACAUCUAAGCGUUACAUUAUUUAGGUUUUUUUUUAUUAAAUGUAUUUAUAAUUAAUAAACAAAAGAAACAAAAAAGCGAAAAAGCAACAAAUAUAAAUUUGAGCACAAUUAA